AUGCCUUCCAGGACGGAAUUCAGAAAUAAAGGAAGACAUAUAAAUACAACGUUGUCUAACUAUUUCCGCUCGACUUUGCUCAUUUCAAUUACUAUUGUCGCUAUGCGUCUCUACCUUGUUUCUCUUGCCCUUAUUGUGGCUGUUCAAUACACCUCUGCCGCAUACACCCUUAAUAAAGCAUAUAUAAAAUCCAAUGAUAUUCCUUUCGCAGCAAACCCCGCAUCAUUACUAGUCCCCAAUUUUGGCGAAAAGUUGUAUGAUGAUCUUCGAAACAUUGUCCAGAAACGAAGCUUUGGUGAUUUCUUCAAGAGUCUUGUAUAUAUAAACGAACCUUUCCAAUUCGGAUCGGCACCAAUACCAGUACCAGCAAAAGCAGCAGCUGCAGCGGCGGCGGAACUUAUCUCGGAAUCCAAGGCACACAGGGGUAUUAUCGCGCAGGCCGUGGAUUAUAAGAAUCUCCCGCUUGGGCCAGUGGCAAAGGGACUUAUUGACAGUCAACCCGGUGCGAUCUCUCGAAUAGUUGCUCCCAAGAUUAAAGAACUUCAGGCAUCCCGUUCUUACAACGAUCUCAAAAAGCGUGGCAUGUUCGAUUUUGAUGAUUUGCUAGACGAUCUUCCCGUGUUAGAAAUAGCGGCUGAAAAUAGAGUCUCGGGUGAAGCCAGCAUUGCCAUGUCCUCUUCUGCACCAGAGAUUGUGAUGAUGAGCCAGGAAUCUAUUAUGGUAGAAAGUUAUCCAGAAGAGCAAAUGUACUUGGAUGAGAUAUUUCCGGAAGAUAACGAGUUGUUUGAUGGUGAAUUAUGGGCAGAGAGAGUCAUAUUAGAUGAAGAACAAUAA